GGAAAGAAAUUCACGGGAGACGGGAGCAAGGCAACCGAGCACGGACGCGUAAAGCCAACAGUGGGGGGACCGGGGGAGCACGAGGAAACCGAGGCGACUGGACCCAACCCGAGCUUUGCGGCGGCGCUGCGUUCACGGUGCCGGAUGAUGGGCGGCGGGCGGGCGGCGGACAGCCAGCCGGCGUCCUGCUCGUCCUCGUCCUCGUCUUCGUCCUCGCCGUCAGGCCCCUCGACCGGCGCCCCCCGCGCUCACCGAAGCAAGAGGCGGCCCGACAUCCUCAACAUGCUCAUGAGUGCAGCAUGUCUCAGUUCAUCAUCUUCUGAUACUGGAAAAGGACAAAGCAAGUUAUCAAGCAACAAAGUAACACACGGAUUCCACUUAGUGGAAGGAAGAUCUGGCCAUGAUAUGGAAGACUACCAUGUAGCAGAGUAUAGAUAUGAAAAUGAUCACGAACUUGGUCUUUUUGCCAUUUAUGAUGGACAUUUGGGAGAUAGCGUGGCCAGUUAUUUGAAAGUUCAUCUUUUUGACAACAUACUGAAAGAGCCUCUCUUUUGGUCAGACCCUCAAGAAGCAAUUAAAAAUGCAUACAGCUCUACAAACAAAUAUAUUCUGGAAAAUACUAAGCAACUUGGACCAGGGGGUUCAACAGCAGUCACUGCUAUUGUAGUUGAUGGUACAGAUAUGUGGAUUGCAAAUAUAGGUGAUUCAAGAGCUGUUGUGUGUGAAAGAGGUACUGCUAGUCAGCUUACUGUUGAUCAUGAACCCCAUACCACUAAUGAACGAAAGAGGAUCGAAAAACAAGGUGGUUUUGUCUCUACAUUCCCCGGUGAUGUUCCUCGUGUAAAUGGCCAACUUGCGGUUGCAAGAGCAUUUGGUGAUCAGAGCCUCAAGGCUCAUUUGAGCUCAGAACCUGAUGUUAAGCAUAUAAAGAUAAACUCAAGCAUAGAAUUUGUCAUACUUGCCAGUGACGGGUUAUGGAAGGUAAUGAAAAACCAAGAAGCUGUUGAUCUGGUAAAGUCAACCAAGGACCCGCAAACAGCAGCGAAGCGAUUGACGUCUGAGGCCCUAGGGAGGAUGAGCAAGGACGAUAUCUCAUGCAUUGUCAUCCGUUUCCGAUGCUGACUGACUCCUGCUUGGUAGCGUCUGGAUCUGUUGCAGCUCAGGAUCAGAUUGGUGAUUGGACUUGGACAGGUUCUUGACCAAAGAAAAGAAGAAUACUGGGUGUUCAUUUUUUUUUCUGUGCAUAUAUAUACAAGUUAGAAGCAAAUAUAUGUACAGUUGGACUGGAGACAAAAAAAAAAAGUACGGCUUACAAGACAAGUGAACGGAGUACAAAUUAUGUAAAGCUUAUAGACAUAUAGUAGCUGGAUUAUGGCUUUUAGUGACUCUGUGUGUUUGUGGUGUGGUGUGAAUUUUUGUGUGUUUAUGUGUAUUUAUUUAAGAUAAAGUUCCGUUGCCAUUCAAGCACGGAACCAUGCGAGAUCAACUUCAAAUUA